AUGCGUUUCGUAGCUUCAUUGUUCACGGCUGCGUGUAUCCUGGCGAUUGGAAAUGCAGCAUCCAAAACUGCAGCUGCUUCUUCUAGUCAGACUGCUCAACGAACACACAAGCGAUCCUCUAACCCAACUAGAUCAACGACAUUUGCUCCAACUGGCUUCACAAAUACGUCAUCGGGAGCAUGUGCAAGUGUUUCAGCAAUGAUCCACCGAUCUCCAGAAUUUCAAAGUACACUGGCCGUUGUCCAAAUAACCGGCCAAGAUGCAAACGCAUUUCUACAGAAGACUGGUCAAAGUCUUAGCAAUUUCAACAAUCCAGAUGCCACCUAUAAUCAGCUGUUUUUCUCUCCAGCCUUCAAUGUCUUAGGCGGUGGUAAUGUAUUCAAUGUUCAUCAAAUGUUGGGAUUCACAUCCGACUUCUACAACUAUACAUUCGAAAAUGGUAUCACGAGGUUGGUCGAGAAUGUUGCCGAAGCGCUAAUCUCCUUUGAUGGCAUUGAUUCAGGCCAAACUUUGUUUAAUGCCCUUAACCCAUAG